CAUCGCUCAAGCGCAAGUGUUGGGAGUUUUCUGUUGCGCUUCCGUUUGUUGCGCUACUCGUUUUCCAGAAGGAAUUUUUAAAAUUCUACGCAGGCAUUUAGGGUACAGUAGAAGGUGUGUAUAGUCGGGAUAUCUUCUUGGAAGUGGAUUCACCAGGUCAACGGAGCUGAGUUUUUGAUGUUUCUACAAAAUACUGUUUGACGUCUUCUUUGACUAUUUAAUUUCAGCUUUUACUCAAAAAUGAACCGUUGUCUCUGUUCGGCCAGCAUCCCUUCAAUUGAGAAAUCUCUCGCCUCUCGUCGUAGUUGGAUAGACCUCUGGUGAACUCGCACGUUUCUGGUUACAAUGAACCAGUCAGAUGAACUCGUGACUUUGGGAUGCCUGAGUGCUGGACUGUACUCCAAUGAGAGAUGACUUCACCUGGGAGAACCCUCACACCACUGAUCUGUUUCUAGAAUAUGCCCUGCUGCCAUCAUGACCCUCAACUCAAGCUCUGCCUCCGAUCCCAGCCUCUACUUGUCAAACAGUUCCCCGGGAAUGAGAGCCCACCCCGACACUGCCAUUAUGGGCGGAGCUUACGGGGACAGUACUUUAGUGGGCGGGGCUUAUGCUGACUCUGCAGUCUUGUCUGUCGGCGGUAGCCAAUGGACUCAUCCCGUGGACCAAAGUCUGUCCAAUGACUCCUCCCACUUUACCAACCUAACACUUGGCGGCACCUCCAACGGAACUGUCCUCGUCCCCACGGUGACCUACGACCCCCUCGGGGGUCACACAGUAUUGCAGGUUAUCAUUAUUGUCUUCCUCACUGGUUCACUCUCCCUGGUAACAGUGGUUGGCAACAUUCUGGUGCUGGUGUCGUUCAAGAUCAACAAGCAGCUGAAGACUGUCAACAACUACUACUUAUUGAGUUUGGCUUUCGCCGACCUGACCAUCGGUACUCUGUCCAUGAACCUGUACACCACCUACAUCAUCAUGGGUUACUGGCCUCUGGGGCCUGUGGUGUGUGACCUGUGGCUGGCCAUCGACUAUGUAGCCAGCAAUGCCUCCGUCAUGAACCUGCUGGUCAUCAGCUUUGACAGGUAUUUCUCCGUGACUCGACCGCUGACCUACCGUGCCAAGAGGACUACCAAGCGUGCCAUGACCAUGAUCGCCCUGGCCUGGUCCAUCUCCUUCGUCCUCUGGGCCCCGGCCAUCCUGUUCUGGCAGUACUUUGUUGGGGACCGGACGGUGGGGCCUGGGGAAUGCUACAUCCAGUUCCUGACAGAGCCCAUCAUCACCUUCUGCACUGCCAUCGCAGCCUUCUACCUGCCUGUCACCAUCAUAACCGUCCUGUACUGGAGGAUCUACCAGGAGACAGAGAACCGGGCCAAGGACCUGGCGGGGCUGCGGGGGUCUGGCAACCAGGGCAAAGAUCACGGGAGCCAGGGAGGGAGCCAGAGAGGGAGCCAGGGGGGAGGCCAGGGAGAGACCGCACCCAUGGUCCCCAAGACAGGAAGCUCCAGGAGCUGCAGCAGCUAUGAACUCAACCAGCCGGCUCAGAAAGGAGGCCCGGGAGGGAACAAGGCCAGGCCGGGGACGAGGCGCUUCUGUUUCUGGCUGCCGUUACGGGGUCGGUCCAAGAAGGCCGCAGUCACCACGGCAACCGGCGAACCGGAACACAGUAGCAGCGACAGCUAUAACAACAAUGAUGCAGGCGCGUCCAUGGACCAAUCGGAGUCUGAGGACGAAGAUGGGGCGGAGCCCAAGGCUAUCUACUCUAUUGUGGUGAACCUGCCAGGUAAGGCAGGAUCAGGGGAGGACUCCCAGAAGACCCCACCAGAGGAGAGAGAAGCGUUGGAGUCCGACCCUCUCCGACCACAGGGGGAUGGGAACAGGGCGUCGUCCAAGGGGCGGAGAGAACACCAGACCUCUAUCCAAUCAAAUACAUCCACGGACACCGCCAAGGCCUCGUCCGGUGAGGGGGGCGGCACCUUAAAGUCUGCCUCGUCCGUCGCCGUCUCCAUCAAGGAUGCGGCAGUGGCCAAGCGCUGUGCCUCCAAGACCAAGAGCCAGAUCAACAAGAAGAAGACCUCGGUGGUGAAGGAGAAGAAGGCUGCUCAGACUCUCAGUGCCAUCUUGUUUGCGUUCAUCAUCACCUGGACUCCGUACAACAUCAUGGUGCUGGUCAAUACCUUCUGCACUGAUUGUAUUCCCGAGGCCCUGUGGGCGCUGGGCUACUGGUUGUGCUAUGUCAACAGCACCGUCAACCCCAUGUGCUAUGCCCUCUGCAACAAGACCUUCCGGGACACCUUCAAGCAGAUCCUCAUGUGCCAGUGGGAUGACAAGAGCAAAAGGAACAAACCUCAGUUCCAGCAGAGGCAGCCAGUCGCCGCCUACCGCAAGAAAGACCCUCUGUAGAAGAAGAAAAAGGAGGCGGGUUGAUGGGUAUUGUAGUUUUUGGAGAGGGGCUAGUCUGGUCGUUGUCUUUAGAACAUAUUUCAGUGUUGUCACAGAUUAAACGACCGAAAAAGAUUGAUGACCAAAGACUGAUGAUGAAUGCUUCUCUGUACUGUGACAGUCGUAGGCAGGAGCAGAUGGGUUGUACAUUCUGCCUCCUCUUCAGUGGAACAUUGAGGCAGCCAUGUCCUCGACACAAGUGCAGACGGGUUAACUCCUCCAGUGGAGACUCAUGUGGACAGAGGAGGUGUUUAAGAUGUGGAGAGAUUGAGAAAGACUGAUGUGUGUUUUUUAACAGGAAAUAGUUGUCAAACAGAGCAGUCUAUUGUUCUGAGCCUGGUUUGUUAGUGCACACAUGCACAUAGAUGCCCACGCACAUUCACAUUGCUCACAACAACUCACACACAUCUGCCUGUCAGGCUGAGAAGCCUGAUCAAGGAACAAUGACAGAUGGGAGUCAUUGUUGAUUAGGAGUAUUGUAAAGGUGCAGUAUGUUUGAAAGGUCUUCAGUGCUACUCUUUUACUGGCCUCAACAGAAGGACGUGAGUGUAAACACUACUUGUUAGUCCACCACCAUGAUUGAAGAGGUGAGCCAAAAAUGUUCUUCCUGUUGUGUGGUGUGUGGUGGUUAAUUUACAAACGUGCUGAGCAUUGUUGUGGUCUGUUCAUGUUGCCUACAGUGAGUCUGUGAGUGUUGUGAGCACAGAACAGUUCAGCUGCUUAGUACAUUGACUGUAUCAGGUGAUAUUUAUGUGGGAAAACAAGUGUGGAUAAUCAUAAAUAGAUGUUUAUGUAUGUUUUGUGUUUAUAUACAAUGAUUGUCAUAUUACUUUGUAAAUCCAAAAUGCGUCCUUGAGAUUUUCUCAUGUGUUUUUAUGGAUCAGUUAAAUUGCAAUAAAGUAAAAAUGUAGAUCAUUGAAUAUAUUUUUACCAUUAAGAUAUUGACUAUGGUUCAAUCGUAUUUAAUUAUUCAUAAGUAUCUUUUGGGGAUUUCAUACGACUAAUAUUUCAAGUAAUUUGUCUAUGACAGUAACUGCUUACAAAACGGGUGUCCCCUUAAUGUCAGGAAUGGUUUGGAGAGAUUUGAUGUGAGGGAACAGCGCCACCGAGUGGUAAACAAGCCACACCACCACCAGUCACAGACCAAAGGACAGACAAAACUGGCUUGUAGGUGCUUUCCUACCACACAGUUGCUCAAUGACAGUUUUAUUAUAUCAGUGCCAGAACCAAACUAGACGGUUUUCCAUUGAUGUGAGGGAAGUUAAUGUUUAUGUUUAAUUGAUGUAUUUUGUGUUUCUAUGCUCAUUUCUCUAGAUCUAGGAACAUGUGGGGUUCCUCUUGUAGAAAGAAGUAUAGGAAGACUAGGCAGGUGUGUAGAAAUAUUGAGUUGAGUAGAUGAAAUACACAACUGUAUAGUAUUACUAUGUACAGGUAAAUGUGUGGUGUUUAACUCAAGGUGACAUGACUGUUAAAUAUAGUAACUGGUGUUACCCAACAUGGGGUUUGAGAUCACCCUGAAGUUUUGUUUACUUUGACACGUUAUAUUGUAUUGGAUGUUCAAAGUUCGCUUCAACACUUACAUUUUACACCAGAAUUCGUCAGAUCCUUUCAGACAAAGUUAAUGUCAGUUACAGAAUUUUUUGGAUUUAUGUUACUGACAUGUGUUACUCAGCUAGACCUAAUUAUGUGUAGAUUUAGUAUAUAUAUACAUAUUUCCUUUUUUCUUGAUUUCAUCACAUUAAACACUAAGUGCAUGUUCAGUAUACAGUAUGUCGCUUUUUCUAUCUUCAUUUUCCAUUCACUUUUGAAGGCACAUGGUGACAAACCAUUAGAUUUAUUUUCGA